UGGCUAAUUAAUUACCGCUGACUACAAUGAGCUAAGUGUUUGAGUGCCUAGGGAUCUCCACUAUUCAGAUGCGCAGAUUAAUCGCGGCAAGACCGACUGAAAUCCUGCGUUCUAAGGUGCUACUGAUUAACUUUAGCGCUAGCUUUGGUUUUUUCUCGUGUUUGAUGAAAAUGGAUAGACUAGAAAUCACUGGAAUGAGAGUUGAGCCUUGUGUGAACUCACGCUUCAUUCAGCCUUCCAGAGUUGUCUUCAAUCAGGUCAGUACUGUCAAAUAAAGAUUUCAAAAUGCCUUUCGAAAAUAAUUAACACUGGAUAAACUUCGGAAUACCCGGCCAAUUAUUUGCACCUCGCUAAUUAACAAUACUGUCCAACUGUGUUAUGGGGGUAACGCUUCGCUUUGAGGGCCCCAGUUGAGGGCCAUUCCAAUCUUGUACCAAGAGUCCUCUGACUUUGGUACGAGGUUGGGGCUAUUCUAUUAAUAUCCCCCUCCCACAAUGGAUGAGAUUUUUCUGAGAGGGUCUUCUUAAUUUUUUUUGUCUGAUGGGGGUGCUGUGUCAGUACUUUUGACCUUUUUUCUUGGGGGGAAGUGGGGCGGGGUGGGGUUGGGGACAGGGUUGGGGAGGUGGCUAUUAAGUAAAGGGCCCUGAAGCAUUUCAUAAGGUGACAGAGUAUUCUGAAGUUGCUUCACAAAAAAAUUCUUGUCUAAGGUUUUUUCAUGGAACAGAUUAUACAGAGGAGUAGCAAACUCUUUGCGGAGUAAUGGGUUGUAAGUGUGUCAUUUUUACGGUGUAGGACAACACACCCAUAUCACACCACCCUGGCAAAAUGUUUAUUGAGUACUCCUUCCCUUCCCCUCUCAGGCAAUUGUUUCUGAAGCCUACAUUCUGGCUCAGACCCUUUACUGUAGCACAAAAUUAUUCGCGUACAAAGUACAGAAGACACUGUCUGAUACCAAGCCAUGUGAUGCCUUGGCCCUGAAGUUAAGCUAUAGAAAUUUGGCAAAGCUGAGCAAAAUACUUUAAAGCUAAGGUUGUGACUUUCCCUGUUCAAAGUUUAAUAUAUUACCAAUCCCAAUUUCUUACAAAUAUCCUGUCAGGGGUAGAAAAGACCUUACAUAAUAUUACAUAUUACUUACCAGUAGUGUUGUUUUUACGAUUCCAACUAAACACAUCUGUAGGACAGUUUUAGCAUUAAUUAAGACUUUCUUUCUAUUUUUGACAAAGAAUGGUCUUUCCAGAGAAUGGGACUAUAUCAAAGAACAUGAUGAGUAUGUCUUUUGAUGAAUAAUCACAUAAUAUAAGUUUACCUCUUAAACUGUUCAUAUUAUAUGCAUUAUUCUGAAAUUCCUAGAACCCUUGGAGAGUUGAGGCAAGCUUCAUAUAACUGGCUAGAGCACUGACAACUAAGGGCCAAAAAUGUAAUCAUUUUAAGAAUAUAUAUAAUUUUAACAAUUAAUGAAUGAGGCUGAGUAUCUUAUGAAGAAUUAUGGAGAUCAAGGAGGUUGUUAUCCGUCGAGGCCAUAGGCUGAGCCGGAUAACACCCUUCGCGAUCUCCAUAAUUCUUCAUAUGACAUGAAAGCUGAAUUCAAUAAUUGUUUUAUUAUUCAUUCAAAACAAUUCCUAGUUUAAAAACAUGGCUAACACAUGCUUACCUCCAGCGAUCCAUCGAUGUUAAGUUCAUCCACGAUAGUGCAUGUUUAGGGUUGUUCAGCUCCGCAAAUAUUCUCCAAAUAGCAUAUGUUGCCCUUCGAGUUGUCUUCUUGCUGUUCUUGCCAUGUUUUUAGUUAUUUUUUCGCCUAGUUCUUACUCUUGAAACGAGUGAAAUGUCCGCCAUUUUUCAAGUUCACAACCAAAACAACUCAACCUGGUCCCCAGAUCUUCUCAUUUAACGUUGCAUCAACCUGUAAGAACGCUGCAUUUUGAUGUCAGUUCCUGGCUAAACACAAAAUUCUUCCAAAUUUGGUCAUCAGUAACUGGUUAUCGUGUGAUUUUAGCCAAUCAGAAUCAGGAAAAUAUUUUGAAUGAAUAAUAAGUUGUAGUUAAUUUUUUAUCACAGGUAAUUUUUCUUUUUCUUUUGUUUUCGGGCAUGUUAAUGUAUGCUAAUGGCAUUGAAACAAAAGAAAAAUGAAAUUUACCUGAGAUGAAAAUCAACUACAACAUAUACUUAAAAAUACUAUACAGCCAAACAGGGUCUUCUUUCUUACUCCUAAAUCUACACUCUCUCAAUGACUUAAGGUCAAAAUAAGGACAAUGUCUAGAAAAUCUGGACAAUUUCACUGAAUUAUUUUAUUUUGUUGAAUAUUAGAAUGGUCGGGAAAGAAAAUGGGACUAUCUAAAAGUUCAUGAUAGGUAUGUGAAAGUUUAAUAACAUGUAAACUGGCGAAUGAUGGAAAAGUUUAACUUAUGAAUCACUCAGUCAAGAUCUUCAAUACCAUGUACACUAUUAUUUUUAGUGCUUGGAAUAAUAAUUACCCAAAAUUCCAGGUGAUUACAUAAUAUCCUGCAAUAAUAAAAUGAAAUCAGACUCGAGUUAGAAUACUGGUAAUGUUAUUUAAGAUGUAUCUUUAGUUUACUAUAUGUUUUGUACAUGUACAUAGGUGCAAUCAUAUAAAUUUCAAGUGCAUUGAAAGAACUACUCAAUGUCAUGCAGUACUACCAAUAAUAAUAUCAUACCAAUAAAACACAGCGUCACAGAUCAACAGUGUAUUAUAUAUGCCAUAGUCAACCUUGUCUCCAGGGUCUUCUGUUUUCUGAUAUGGUGGUGACACUGCUAUAUUCGGCAGCCCCCAGAGACGAUGUUGUGCCAUUGUUAGCCCUGUUGGUUAAGGAUGGGUGACCAUAAAUGCCGCAAAGGAAACACAACUUUUACACGUUAAGAUCUCAUUCUGUUAAUAAUGAUUAUAAAGGCAUACAUAUUGGUUACAACACUCUUUAAGUCUCUUCAGUAUUCAAUUCAAUAAGAAAGGUUCAGCAGUUCCUAGACAAUGUUUGCAAGAAAAAUUCAUGGUGUAAAAAACCUGAUGACUGUGUGUUUCCUUCUUACAGUGUGUGUGCACUGCUAUUCAACACAACAAGGCAAGCUUUUAUACUGGUGAAGCAGUUUAGACCAGGUAAGUUGACAAUGUGACAGCUGGGUUAGAUUACUGCACUUUUCAAUAACUCACAAACUGUGACCUUCAAAAGCCAACCAAUGUUUUUGUUCUUUGCUGCUGUCAAUCAUCUUAGCCGACCUCUCAGGAAACAGAACUUUUUCUUCAACAAGUUUAAAUGUUUUAUGGUUUUUGAUUUGGGACUGGUGGAUUUUGAUCAAUUUUGUGUUUCUGUGUUUCAAGGUCCAUUGCUUGUGAUAGUAAUAUGAUUAACAGCAGAAAAAACACAAUUCUAAGCUGGCUAUUGAAUUUCAGAGUUGGGGUGUUAUUAAAAAGCACAGUAAUUUACAAUUUGCUAAGUAAAUAAUAAAUAAAAAAAUGUAAGAUGCCCAUAAUACACCUUGAUUAGCCCCCCAAAUUUUGUGUAACCAUUGUUAGUAUCUCCUGGGUAUUACAGUCAUCCCAAGAGAAAAUGGAUAACCAAAAUGCCCAUAGUUUUGCAAAAUUUUGGAAGGUAAACAAGAUGUAUUAUGGGCAAUUUGAAAACAAUGAAUGGUUGUGUAAUCAUUUUAUUAUGUUCCCAUAGAACAAUCUCAUUAUUAUUGCUAACAUUCACUAGUUCACUGACUUGUCACGGGUACCCAAUGAGAAUAUAGUUCAAAACCACUUAAACAUAGCAUAAUUAAACAUAUUUUAGUAUUUAAACGGUGGAUAGGGGCAUAUUUUUUCUAUGUCUAAUGAUCCGGAAAUUUUGGGGAUCAAAACUUACCUUUUUGAAAAUUUCAGCCAGAAAAAAGGCUCGCGAAAAAGCUAGCUUACCUUUUUAGGAUAAAAAUCUGUUAAAAAUGGGCAAUUAUACCAAGUUUUAGAUGUUCGAAAAUCCUAGGAGAAGCAGGCAAGCAAGAAAUUUUACAACAUCUGGUCUGAAAAUUCUAGAUCUCAAACCGUCUUCCAAACAGGUAAUUUUCCAAAAAUUGACAUUGGGUGCGCCUGACUUGUUGGAUCACCUGUUUACAUUAAAAAAUACAUUGAUAAUGGCUUGAAAUUUAUGUAAAUGGAAACCUUACAGGUAAUUUUGAUUUCCCUCCUAGCUGUCUACAUGCAUGUUAACAGAUGUCUCCACAAGAAAACACUGAAUGAUGGUAGUGCCAUUUCCAUGACGACUGAAGAUGUAUCGGUCCCUAUUACCGCCCCAUUCACUGAAGGAGUAACUUAUGAAUUAUGUGCCGGAAUCAUUGAUAAAAAUAUGAGCUUACCAAGCCUAAUGAAGCUGGAAAUUCUUGAGGAAUGUGGCUAUGAUGUCCCUGAAGAGAACUUGCAAGAAGUUGCUUCAUUCCGUGCGGGUGUAGGAAGCACCGGUGCCUUGCAGACCCUGUUCUUUGCUGAAGUGACAGAUGAUAUGUGUGUGACCAAAGGAGGUGGAAAUACUCAGGAAGGGGAAAUGAUAGAUGUGUUUUAUUUACCUCUAGAAAAAAGCCGCGAAUUUUUGUUUGAUGCUUCGAAGCAUAAACCAGGUGGAUUGAUGUUUGCAUUCAUGUGGUAUUUCAACAAAUUUAAGGUUUAA